AUGUCGGGGGAAACUGCUGGAAGCUCAGAGGAUGGAGAUGGAGCAGCAUCCAAGCUCCUUUGUCGGGACCACCGCCAAACUUGGGGGCAGCCAAGUCGACCCACGCGGAGGCGCCGCGCCAACAAAACCGACCUGCGCUUCCAGAGCUCGGCCGUCAUGGCCCUGCAGGAGGCGUGCGAGGCCUACCUGGUGGGGCUCUUCGAGGACACCAACCUGUGCGCCAUCCACGCCAAGCGCGUCACCAUCAUGCCCAAGGACAUCCAGCUGGCGCGCCGCAUCUGCGGAGGGUGUGGCUAA